UUGGAAACCCACCUAGAGUUAGCGAAGAUCCUUUUAUAGCCUUUCGGUGCUUAAUUUCAACUACUUUCUCUCUCUUUUUUCUUCAUUUUCUUUUCUGUUAUCUUCUGCAAUUAAUGGAAUCUGUUUCAUCCUCAAUCUCCGCGCCAUACUUCAUCCUUCCCAUGUUUGUUGCCUCUUGCUUUCUCCUUACUCGACAAUAAAGCUAAAUCUGCAGCCAUUUCUGACUAUCCCUUCCUUUCUCAUCAUUUCCUUUCUCUCCUUUACAAAUUGCCGGUCGCCAGGGCCACCCUCUUUGUUUUCUUUCGAAUUUUUUCCCAGCUUCAGGUUUUUCGGAUAUGGCUAUUGAUAUUUGUUCGGAGAUUUCUAGUCCUCGUAUCUCAUUUUCACAUGAUCUUAACCAGAAAGAUCAUGGAUUUUCGCAUAUUGAGAGAAGACUGGAUUCGUCGCUUCUUGAUUCAAGUUCUGAUUUCGAUUUCUGCAUUGACAAUAGUCGGUUUUUCCAGGAGCUUUCUUCAGCUGAUGAGCUUUUCUCCAAUGGCAAGAUUCUCCCUGUUGAAAUUAAGAAGAAGAAACAAAUCCAACAACCUCCACCAUCUUCUUCUUCUUCUUCAUCCUCUCCUCCUCAAGUCUUGGGCAAUGAAAGUUGUACGGAAAAGAAGAGAUUAAAAGAGUUGUUGUCUCUCGAUGAUGAUCAAGAUUACGACAAGCCUCUGUAUAAAUCUUUCUGGCAAUUCAAACGAAGCAGUAGUCUCAACUGCGAUAGCUCUCGAAGCAAGAGUUUAAUCAAGUCAUUACAGUUCCUUUCAAGGAGUAAUUCCACUGGUUCAGCUCCAAGUUCGAAACUUUCAUCCAUGGCAAAGGAAACCCAGAAGCAGAAUUUGCAAAGACAACCAUCUGUUUCCAGGAAAUCAAAAGUUUCAAGCUCAGGUUCUUAUUCUUCUUCUUUCAACAACAACAACAAUUUUUCUUCAACCCAGAAGCCGCCUUGGAAGAAGAACUGUGGAUCUUAUAAUAACGCCAACAAUGGUGUCAGAAUUAGUCCAGUUUUAAACAUCCCUCCACCUUACAUUUCAAGCGCCACUGUAAAUCUCUUUGGCCUCGGUUCUAUCUUCUGUAAUGGCAAGUUCAAAAAGAAGAAGAGAUAGAUCCUUUUUCCCAUUA